AUGAUCGGGCUGGAUGUGUAUCUCUACCCGGACGGUAUUCGGGUGGCCGAGCCUGAUGACAUCAUCCGCUGGGAGAAGGAGAGGGAGCUGUACGACCCGCAUGUGCGCCUGUUCGUAGCCCUCUUCCCCUACAACCCCUCGCUCAUGUCCCCCAACCCCAACAAGGCAGAGGAGCUGCCCUUUCAGAAAGGACAGAUCAUUAAGGUAUACGGUGAGAAAGACGCGGACGGUUUCUACCACGGAGAGUGCGCGGGUCGUUUUGGCUACAUUCCCAGCAACAUGGUGUCAGAGAUCCCCGUGUAUGACGGAGACCAGAAGCUGGAGCUGUUUCAGCAGGGCUUCCUUCCCGAGGCCUACUGCAGUCCCCCCGACUCCUGCUCAUCUGUGCCUGAGGACAUGAAGGUGCGGCGGAUGAUCGCCAUCUUUGAUUACGACCCCUGGGAGAGCUCCCCCAACAUGGACAUGGAGGAUGAGCUCCCAUUUAAAGUAGGAGAUAUCAUCUAUGUGUUUGGUGAGAUGGAUGGUGACGGCUUCUAUUAUGGUGAUCUGCAUGGCGUACGUGGACUCAUACCUUCAAACUAUGUGGAAGAUUUACCAUGGAAUUGACUAAAGAUGACUAAAGAUAUCCUCUAAAGAUGGCAUACCAGCAACAAUCAAGGGCCAAAAGCUGUACGUCGG